UUGAAAAUAAAGUGUCGUGUAAAACGUUUUGCUUUAAAUUGCCUUUUAAGUUUGCAAACAAUUUCGUUAAUAUAUUUUUUUUAUUAACGUUUAAUAUAGUGCUAAAUUUGUUUCUUAGCUUUAAUUCAUUUAUUAGUUGUAAAUAUCAGUGUCGUGAGUGUAAAACUAUUAAAAACUAUUAAUAGUGUAGUGUAGUGUACUGUUAGAAAAUACGAUAAUGCUAAUAUGGUUAAGAUUCAUUGUAACUUAGACAUAAGUUUUUAUAACUUAAUAUAAUCUAAAGCAACCAUGGAGAAUCUGACGCUGACGUACAAUGUCAGCUUGUUAUUGGCGGGGAAUCCAUCUAGUGAUACAACGAUGGUAUCGGUUCACAACAGUAGCGUGACAAGCAACGCGUAUGAAUGGCGUUUUGUACUGCCGCCGUAUUUCAUCAUUUUCAUGCUGUCGAUAUCUGGAAAUUGUCUUGUUAUUACAACAUUAGCGAGCAAUCGUCGAAUGAGAACUGUCACUAAUGUAUAUUUAUUAAACUUGGCAAUUUCGGAUUUUUUACUCGGCGUGUUUUGUUUACCUUUCACGUUGGUGGGACAGAUUUACAGACGAUUUCUAUUCGGUGCAAUUCUAUGCAAAUUAAUUCCUUAUUUGCAAGCCGUAUCAGUAUCGGUGGACGUGUGGACAUUAGUGGCUAUAUCUCUGGAGAGAUAUUUCGCUAUUUGUAGGCCAUUGAAAUCGAGGAAAUGGCAGACUCAAUGUCACGCAUACAAAAUGAUUGCAAUGGUUUGGAUGCUUUCACUUGUUCUGAAUGCGCCGAUAUUAAUCGUAUCUACAUUGCAACCUAUGAGAGGAGACGCGUACAAAUGCAGAGAGGUUUGGACCAGCUUAGAGUUGGAGAGAGCUUUCAAUCUGGGUUUGGAUGCCGCACUACUUUUGGUACCGUUCUUUAUAAUGUCGUUCGCGUAUUGUUUGAUCGUCACAAAGCUGUGGCGAGGAAUGCGACAUGAGAUUCAACACAACUUCAACUGGCAAAAAACUCUUACCAGAGAGGAAUCUUGCAAAAGCAAUCAUUUACUCUCACGGACUUCAACCUUGAAGAGCAAAGAGAGAGACGUUUGCUACAGAGACACGUGGGGAUCAAAGAGUAUGACUAAGCAGGAAAACAACUAUGAACUCGAAGCGGAAAAGAAGGAACCAACGUAUUGCAUGCAUACAGACAUUGAAUUUCGACAUGUGGUGCGUUCAACACAUAUUGAUAAAAGUAUUGAAGCUAAACGAAAGGUUAUUCGAAUGUUAUUCGUUAUAAUAUUAGAGUUUUUCGUUUGUUGGACUCCAUUGCAUGUUAUUAACACGAUUUAUUUAUUCUAUCCUGACAAAUUGUAUCAAUACAUUGGAUCGAAAGGGAUUGUGUUGCUGCAACUGCUGGCUUACUGCUCGUCUUGUUGCAAUCCGAUAACGUAUUGCUUCAUGAAUAGAAAAUUUAGACAGGCAUUUAUCAACUUAUUGAAGAGUUGCAAGUUGUUCAAGCGCUGUUUCCCAGACAAGUCAGAGUCUGGUAAGCAGGCUACGCCGCCGCCGUCCAGCCAGGACGGUACUGCUUGCGUUGUAAGGGGCAGCCACACUGGACGCACAGAGUUGGAUGGACUGGAAGGAGAGGAGUGUGUUUAGCAGCGGUUCACACAGUGGCUCGCACAGCACGGCGUUGGGAAGCUGCGGCCUCCCCGCGCACCCCGCACUACCCGCGCCCGUCAUCUCGCGGCCUGUCACGCAGGUCAUAGAGACGGGAGAAGAAGGCAGCCAAUUCCUGUACCGCAUCACUUGGCCCAGAACCGCUCAAGCCAAAGGCAAUGUGCCCGCACAGCCACUUUAUGAAUAAACUUUGACAGUGUUUAUAACUCGAACGCAGUAGUGAUUUUAAAUGAACGCGUUUAUUCGUUUUCGUGAAUUUACAUUGGUGAUUAACUAAAAUGCUCAAAAACUAAUCUAAGUGUAGUGUUUUUAUAAUAUUUCUAAGUGUUUGUUUUUCUAAGUAAGUGACAAUACGGUUAAAAGCAUAUAUCUUUCAAUUUCUUCGGAGGUAUGUGCAGGUUACAUCACGAUGUUUACCUUCACUGUAAGAACGUUGGGAACAUAUGAAAUUCGAAAUUCGAAGUACACGUUGGUACAUAUCCGGGAUCAAACCUGGAUGAUUUAGAUUAUGUUCCGGUCAGUUUGUUAACAGCUGCACCACCGACGACUCUGUAAAUAUUUAUGUACAUGUAAAAUAAAUUGUAAGUUAUAUAAUUUAGUGUAUAUAAGAUACCAAAAAGAACUUUGUAUAUUUCGUGUGUCUCUUUAAUAUAAUCCAUUAAAAUCAUUAUAAACCUUAUCACCAUCUCAAAGGCCGGCAACGCAUCUGCGGUUCCUCUGGUAUUGCUGA